AUGAUUGUUAUAGGUACAUUGGAAUGUCCCGUAAAUCCAAGUUUAAAUCUUCUUCCUACCGUACCAAGAAGAACCAAGCUCACCUGGCAAAUAUUAACCGAACAACACGGUGCUGUUGUUCAAAAUCUUUUACCAACAAAAUCAAAAUAUUUUUUAGGUGCAGCUGAAAGGUGGAUAACUUUUCCCGAAGAUAAAUCAAUCAUAUUUCCGGCUGAGACAUUUGCACCGAAAAUACAAAUGGAACAAAAUGUUGAAUCGAAACGUUUGCCACGAAAUGUUGAAAUGGAAAGACGUCGUAGGUUGUAUAGAAAUCAAAGUUUAGAUGAUGCUUUAAAAAAUGAGGGUUUAUCAUCGUUUAAUAUUUUACCACCAAAUGUUAUUUCAUCGUUAUCAACGGAUGAAGAUAAAUUUGGCUUGUAUUCGAAGAUAAAUUAUUUGCCUCUUGAGAUAUUUGACGACGAAGAAUUUGACUGUCGAACAUCAAAUGAUUGGAUAAAUUUAGGUUUGAUCGAUGAUGUGCGAUAUCCUUUACCUGCUAUGGCAUUUGUUGAAAAAUUGAUAAUUAACGAACGGAGUAAUAUUAAUGAUGAUGAUCAUUUGUCCGAUUUACAAUUAGAUAAUUUAUAUGGAUGGCAACUUUCAGCAGUAACUGAUUAUGAUAGUAACAAAAAAUUGUGGACCGUUUUAACGUUGGACGGUCAUAAAAGAAUUUUCUUAUUGCCUAGGAUAUAUAUACGAUUUUUAGCCGAGGAUCCGAAAGUUUUUGCUAAACGAGUUGCAGCUGCAGUUAGAGAUAGACAAAUUGCGGAGACGUGUAUUAGAUAUAAUUUUUAUUUGGAUUGUAUGGAAAUAAGUGAUAUGCCGACAUUAAAUGAAAAUGAAAAGGAAAUUAUUAUUUCACAUUGUACGCGUCAAAGGGUUGUUAAAUACAAAAGUCAAAAUAUCAUUUCGUUAAUGGACGAAAUUGAACUUGAUUAUCGUCGAACUAUGUGCGAUCUUAUGUGGAGAAGGGUAAUCGAGCAUUCUCCGGAUAUUUUUAAAUUUAUGCAAAUAGAAUUUUCUACGGAUAAAAUCGUAAUACCACAAAUGGGAAAAAUUUCCACGAAUAUGAAGAAUUUUGAUGAAUUAAAACGUUAUUUUCAUUGGUUUACGUUAUACGUAUUACCGGAAGUUUACGAUGCUAUGCGUUGUGUAGUUAACGAAUGUGCUCGAGUAUCUAACAUGAAUUUAUUCGUACAUAAUUAUGGAAAAUCAAUGUCACUGACUGCAUUCGAAUCACAACAAAAUCAAAUGACACUAAUGACUAUGAAAUAUCUUAAAGAAUUAUGGUUGGAUAAAAUUAUUCAAUCAGUUAGAAUGUGUUUAAGGGAUGUUGGAAAGGGAUGGUUUAAUCUCGAUCAAAAGUUUCCUGAAGUAUACAACGUUAUGAAAUUAAAACGUCUCAUGGAUCUCAUCAUUUGUCAUAUGGAAAAUGCUUUAAGAAAUCUCGUAGAAAAUUCAGUUACUUUGUACUUUGAAAUGUUAGAAGGUCCAGGAACUUGUGUGGUUGACGUUGAUGAUGAUUUUAUUUGGGGUGAUGAUUUAGUUAAUACACAGUUUGAUUGUAAAGUUUUUCCUGUAUUUAAUGUUGAUCUUAUGAUGAAUAGUAAUGGAGCAUAUUAUUCUACCGAAUUAAAUGAUUUCGAACAAACUAUUAUAUCUAUUUUGGAUAAUUCAUUGACAUUGUGUCAUCAAAUAAGACAAGUACAUCCAUUUUUACUUACUUUCCUUAAAUUUCCAGUAGAACUUUUUCUUAGUUCGGUUGGUUUGCUUGAUACAAGAAUAUGUGAAAUUAGAAAUCGUUUGAAAUUUGUUUAUCAAAAAGGAAUUAUACCAUUAAAAGCUUAUGCCAAAGAAUAUUAUAAAUAUUUAGAACUUUUUGAAAUGAAUGUUGAAAAAUAUGUCGAAAAUUUUAAAAAUGAAGAACAUACGGCCAUUGAGAUAAAAGACGAAAUUUCUUUUCAUCGUAGAAUGAAACUAAAUUUAGAAAGUACUUUACCAAAAAAUAUUUUCAUAGGUCCUUUUAACGUUAAUGUGUAUCCUUUGAAAGAAUUUUUAAUGUCAAAACGGGAGGAUUGUUCUACAAAGUUACUCUUUAUGUUCACUGAAAAACUUCGUUAUAAAGUUGAUGAGAUUUUGUACGAAUAUAUAGAAAUAAGUGAAAAAUUGAAGGAAGAAUUGAGAAACGUUGAACAUUUGUUCGAUAAAAAAGAAUGGAUGGAAACAAUUCCAUUGACAGUAAAAGGAAUUAAUGAAAAUAUGCAAAAACUCAAAAUUGAAUUUGAUAUACUAGAACAUUUUCGUUGGAAUUUAUCGGAUGAAGAUUUUAAUGUCAGAUGGGAAGCAAUUGGUUUUCCUCGUAAAAUAGAAGAAUUGGUAGCAGAAACUGAGGAACGUUUUAUAUUAGAACAAGAGAAAUUUUUAAAGAUUCAAACCCAAGAUGAAAUACUGUUACAAGAAAAAAUAGAUUUGCUUGUUGGAAACGUAGCUAAUGUUGCUUUACAAACAGAUAUUAAUAUGGUACAUGAUAUUGCUAUUGAUAUUAAAAGAAUUUGGAAAUUAAUGAAAGAAUGUCAAGAAACUGGUAUAAUGUUAAACGAACGUCAGAAACUUUUUGGAAUUCCUGUUGUACCUUUUGAAAAUCUUUCUAAAUUAAUGAAAGAAUUUGAACAAUAUCGAACACUUUGGAUUACGGCAUCAGAUUGGUUAAAAUGGUAUGAAAUAUGGAUGGAAAAUCCUUUAAUGACAAUCGAUGGUAGCAACAUUGACAAUUAUGUUAAUGAAAUGUAUAAAGGAAUGUUACGAAGCAUCAAAGUCUUCCAAGAAUUUCCAAAGGUUGCUGCUGUAGCCGAGAAUAUAAAAGCUCAAAUAGAAGAUUUCAAGCCUUACAUAGGGAUGAUACAAGCCCUUAGAAAUCCAGGGAUGAAACCACGACAUUUUGAAGAACUCAGUGUUCUCACUGGAAUACAAAUGGCACUAACACCAACAUUGACCUUUAAUAAUUUGAUAGUUCUCGGUAUUAUGCAUUUUGAAGAUAUUGUUACUAAGGUUGCUGAUGAAGCUGAAAAAGAAUAUUCGAUAGAAGGUAUUUUGGAUAAAAUGAUAAAAGCAUGGGAUGUUAUUACGAUGGAUGUUAUGCUUUAUAAAAAUACAGGUACAUAUAUUAUGAAAAUUUCCGAUGAAAUUUUAAUGCUCUUAGAUGAUCAUAUUCAGAAUGCUCAACAAAUUAGUUUUAGUCCAUUUAAAGCUGCAUUUGAAGAUAGAUUCGAGGAGUGGGAUUAUAAAUUGAAAUUAUCUCAAGAAGUAAUAUUAUUAUGGAUAGAAGUACAAAAACGUUGGAUGUAUUUGGAACCAAUUUUUACUUCGGAAGAUAUUAGUAGACAAUUACCCAUAGAAUCGAGAAAAUUUAAAACCAUGGAUCGUAGUUGGAGACGAAUUAUGAAAACAUCUCAUGACUGUCCUUACAUAAUGAAAAUAAGUCCAGAUAAAUCAUUAUUAGAAAGUUUAAAAGAAUGCAUCAAUUUGUUGGAAGUCGUGCAAAAGGGUUUGUCAGAUUAUUUGGAAACGAAACGUAUGAUUUUUCCACGAUUUUUCUUUCUUAGCGACGAGGAAUUACUCGAAAUACUUGCGCAAACGAAAAAUGUACAUGCCGUACAACCACAUCUUAAAAAGUGUUUUGAAAAUAUGAGAGAAUUGAGAUUUGAGGAUGAUUUAGCUAUCACAAGAAUGUAUUCAGCCGAAUAUGAAGAAGUCGUAUUAAGACCUACAAUUUAUCCCGAAGGAAAUGUGGAAAAUUGGUUGGGUUCGGUAGAAGAAACCAUGCGUAAUACAUUAAGAGAAAUUAUAGGUGAAGCUUUAGAAAUUGUUGAGGAAACUAGUAGAAAGGAGUGGGUGUAUAUGUGGCCAGGUCAAGUUGUACUUUGCGGUGGUCAAACUUAUUGGACUGCUCAUGUUGAGGAUGCUAUCAAAAAUAAUGAAUUGCAAUCAUUUUACGAAGUUAUGUUAUCACAAUUGGAUGAAUUGCGUGAACUUGUAAGAAAUCCACAAACCGAAAUUCAAAGAUUAAUGUUAGAAGCUGUAAUUAUUAUCGAAGUACACGCAAGAGACGUUUUAUAUAAGCUCAUUCAAGAAAAUGUUAAAAAUAUUAAUGAUUUCGAUUGGAUAUCACAGUUACGUUAUUAUUGGGUUGACAAUAGCGAAUUAAAAGUUCGUGCUGUAAAUGCAGAAUUUUCAUACGGUUACGAGUAUUUGGGUAACAACGGUAGAUUGGUUAUAACACCUUUAACUGAUCGAUGUUAUUUAACACUCACCGGUGCUCUUCAUUUGAAAUUUGGUGGUGCACCAGCUGGACCAGCUGGUACUGGAAAAACUGAAACUACUAAAGAUUUGGCUAAAGCAUUUGCCAUUCAAUGUGUUGUUUUUAAUUGUUCCGAUCAAUUGGACUUUUUAUCUAUGGGAAAAUUUUUCAAAGGUCUUGCUAGUGCAGGUGCAUGGGCAUGUUUCGAUGAAUUUAACAGAAUAGAUAUCGAAGUAUUAUCGGUAAUAGCACAACAAAUAAUGACUAUUCAAAAAGCUCAACAAGUAAGAGCUGAAAUAUUCAUAUUUGAAGGUGUAGAAAUUAGUCUUAAACCUUCCUGUGCUAUUUUCAUCACAAUGAAUCCAGGUUACGCUGGUCGUACAGAAUUACCAGACAAUUUAAAAGCACUUUUCCGUCCGGUUGCCAUGAUGGUGCCAAAUUAUGCUCUCAUUGCUGAGAUUUCUUUAUUUUCUUACGGUUUUUCUGAAGCUAAAAUUCUCGCUGGAAAGAUAACGACCACAUUUAAAUUAAGCUCCGAACAAUUAAGUACACAGGAUCAUUAUGAUUUUGGUAUGCGUGCUGUAAAAACUGUCAUAGCGGUUGCUGGUAAUUUAAAAAGAGAAUUGAAAGAUGUCGAAGAACAACAAAUUUGUUUACGAGCAUUGAGAGACGUCAAUGUGCCCAAAUUUUUAAGCGAUGAUCUUAAAUUGUUUAACGGAAUUGUAUCUGACCUUUUUCCACAAUUGACCGAAUUACCUGUUGAUUAUGGAAUACUCGAAGCGGAAAUUCGUAAGACUAUUUUAGAAAAGGGCUUGGAAGAUGUUAAUGAAUUUGUGAAGAAAGUUAUUCAGUUAUACGAAACUACUUUGGUACGUCAUGGGUUAAUGUUAGUUGGACCAACUGGAUCUGGUAAAACAAAGUGUUAUCAAGUUUUAAAGGACGCUUGUACAGCUUUAAAAGGACAAUUACAACCAAAUGGGAAACCCUUUAGAACGGUAUUAACGUACGUGCUUAAUCCAAAAGCCGUAACGAUGGGUCAACUUUAUGGCGAGUAUGACCUUGAUACACACGAGUGGACUGAUGGAAUUUUGUCAACUUUGAUCCGUUCGGGUACCGAAACAAUGGAUGAGAAUAAACGUUGGUACGUUUUCGAUGGUCCUGUGGAUGCAGUAUGGAUAGAAAACAUGAAUACUGUAUUAGACGACAAUAAGAAACUUUGUUUGACAUCCGGUGAAAUUAUGAAGUUACAACCAACUCAGACAAUGAUUUUCGAAGUUGCUGAUUUAAGGGUUGCUUCACCAGCAACUGUAUCGAGGUGCGGUAUGAUUUACAUGGAACCUGAAGGUCUAGGAUUAAAACCUUUUAUUAAUUGUUGGAUCAAAUCAUUACCUACGGUAAAGAAUAUGCACGAUUAUGUUGAACAAAUAACCAAAUUGACGAAAGAAUUAUUAUUUCCUGGAUUAAAAAUGGUUCGAGAACAAUUAAAGGAAAUUGUUAAUACUGUUGAUUCAACAAUGAUACAAUCUUAUAUAAAUCUAAUGAAUUAUCGAAUUGGACCAAUGGCUGGUCGAGAUAACAAACCACUGACAGCUGAUUUGUUAUCACCAUGGGCAGCUUUUGCUAUUGUUUGGAGUUUAGGUGCAACAUGUGAUUACGAUGGUCGUCGUAAAUUUAGUAAUUGGGUUCAAAAUAUGCAAAGAAACUUUCAACACGAUUUACCUUUUCCCGAUGACGGAUUGGUAUUUGAUUACAGAUUACACGAUGGUGGUUUUACCGAUCACAUUGAAGGACAAGAUCCAAUUCCACCGCAUUGGAUUAAAUGGUCGAAUGAUAUUCCAAUCAUUAAAAUAACUCCGGAAACAAAAUAUGCUGAUAUUGAAGUUCCAACCGUGGAUAAUAUUCGUCAUGCUACUUUGAUGGAAUAUUUGUUUAUAAAUAAUAAUAAUAUAUUGUGCGUGGGACCAACAGGUAGCGGAAAGACUAUGACAAUUUCGACUAAAUUAUCUAGAAAUAUGCCGAAAAAAUUUAUUUGCGAUUUUAUCAUAUUUUCCGCUAGAACAACUGCUAAUCAAACACAAGAUUUAAUCGAUGGAAAAUUAGAAAAAAGGCGUAGGGACGUGUACGGUCCGCCAUUGUUGAAAAAACAAAUAUUUUUUAUUGAUGAUUUUAAUAUGCCAGCACAAGAAGUUUAUGGUGCUCAACCACCCAUCGAAUUAAUACGACAAUUUAUGGAUUUUAGUGGAUGGUACGACAGAAAGGAAAUCGGUAGCUUUAGACUGAUUGAAGACGUAAAUUUUAUUGCUGCCAUGGGACCACCUGGUGGUGGAAGAAACCCAAUAACAUCGAGACUUUUACGACAUUUCCAUUUCAUUGCAUUUCCAGAAAUGGAAGACAGUGCAAAGGCGAACAUCUUUGGAAUAAUUUUAGAAUCAUGGCUUGCUAAAACACCAAAUUAUUUAAAUUUAUUAAAAUCUAUGGUUGAUGUUACAUUAAAUGUUUUUGCGACAAUUUGUAAAGGAUUAUUACCAACACCUGACAAAUCUCAUUACACAUAUAAUUUGAGAGAUCUUAGUAAAGUAUUUCAAGGAAUUCUCAUGGCUGAUCCUACGACAAUUAAUUCUUAUGAAAAAUUAUUUCUUUUAUGGUAUCAUGAAAAUACUCGUGUGUUUAGUGAUCGUUUGAUCAACGACGAUGAUCGAAAUUGGUUCAGCAAACUUUUACAGGACACUUUAAAGGAACAUUUUGAUUACGAUGUAAUAGAACUCGUUAAAAAUAAAGUAUUGUUUUACGGUGAUAUUUCUAAUACUACUGGACAAUACGAACGUAUUACCAAUAUUCGUAAGAUGAAACAAAUAGUGAUUGGUCAUUUGAAGGAGUAUAACAAUUCUACAACUGAACCAAUGAAAUUAGUGUUGUUUCAAGAUGCUUUAGAUCAUAUUUGUAGAAUUAUUCGUAUAUUAAGACAACCAAGAGGAAAUGGACUUUUAUUGGGCAUGGGUGGAUCUGGUCGGCAGAGUUUGACAAAGCUUUCAUCGCACAUACGAGAAUAUAAUUAUUUUCAAAUAAAAUUAAGCAAAGUUUAUUCGAAUAAUGAUUGGCGUGAGGAUAUAAAAAAUGUGAUGCUAAAAGCAGGAUUAGAAAAUCAACCGAUGGUAUUUUUAUUUUCGGAUACUCAGAUAAAAGGUGAUUUUAUGUUGGAAGAUUUAAAUAAUAUAUUAAAUAAUGGCGACGUACCAAAUAUAUACAGUUCGGAGGAAAUGGAAAGAAUAUUUCAAGUCAUGCGUGGUCCGGUUCAAGAAGCUGGAUUACAAAUCAAUAGGAGUAACCUUUUUUCAACAUAUAUCAAAAUAGUGAAAAACAAUUUACAUAAUAUUAUUACAAUGAGUCCCAUUGGUGAAUUAUUCCGGUCACGCAUUAGACAAUUUCCUGCUUUAGUGAAUUGCUGUACCAUCGAUUGGUUCUGUCCCUGGCCGGAUUCAGCUUUACAGACCGUUGCAAUGCACUUCCUUGCGGAUAUUAAAGAUGAAUCCAUUAAUGAGUCAGUUUUAAAGUCAAUUGUGAGGACUUGUCAAUUUAUGCACUCUAGCGUGAUUAAAGCCAGUGAUCGUUUUUUAAUGGAAUUAAAUCGUCAUAAUUAUGUGACGCCUACUUCAUAUUUACAAUUAUUGUCAAGUUAUGGUGGUCUACUAUCGAAAAAAAACCAAGAGUUAAAUUCUGGAAUGACUCGUCUAUCAACAGGCUUAAAUAAACUCAUGAGCACGGAAACGGAAGUAAAAGAGAUGCAAGGUAUACUUAAAGCAAUGAAACCCGAAUUGGAAUUGGCGUCAAUAGCUACUGCAAAAAUGAUUGAACAAAUCACCAAGGAUACCGCUGAAGCAGAAAAAACAAAAGAAAUAGCAAUGAAACAAGAGGUAGCUGCUACUAAAUUAAAAAAUGAGAAUCAAUUAAUUCGAGACGAUGCUGAAGCAGACUUAAGUGAAGCCAAACCUAUGCUCGAUGAUGCCGAAGCGAGCUUAAAAGCAUUGAACAAGGGUGACAUUACAGAGGUGAAAGCUAUGAAAAGACCCCCGGUUGGUGUACUUCUUGUUAUAGAAGCUAUGUGUAUUGUGAAUAAUGUGAAACCUAACAAGUUGCCAGGUAAAUUACCUGGUGAAAAAAUAUUAGAUUAUUGGACACCAGGUAGUCAAAUGUUAGCAGAUGCUGGACAUUUUUUAAACAUGAUGGUCAAUUUCAAUCGAGAUAAUAUAACUGAAGAUAUGAUCAAUAAAUUGAAACCUUAUAUAGAGAAUCCAGAUUUUCAACCAACAAAGAUUCUUCAAGUAUCAAAAGCGUGUCAUUCACUAUGCCUUUGGAUUCAUGCUAUGUACAACUAUUACUUUGUGAGUUUAAAAGUAAAACCAAAGAUGGAAGCAUUGGCAAAGGCUGAAGAAGUAUUGAUAGAAACCGAAAAAGCUUUGUCAGAUGCUAUGGAUAGAUUGAAGGAAGUUGAAAAUAGAGUACAAAGGCUGAAAGAUACUUUGCAAGAAAAGGAAGAUAAAAAGUUGGAAUUGGAGAGACAAAAGAAUUUAUGCGAGGAAAGAAUGGCAAGGGCGGUUAAACUUGUCGAUGGUCUUGCUGAGGAACAACUACGUUGGACAUUAACUUUGUCAGAAAUGAAUGUUUCAUUGAAAAAUGUCGUCGGUGAUAUUUUAUUAUCUUCCGGUGCGAUAGCAUAUCUGACACCCUUUACUGACGUUUAUCGGAAAACCCUUGUGACAUCUUGGUAUGAAAUUAUGGGUAAGGGAGUACCCCAUACACCAAAUUGCACACCAAUAUCGACGUUAGGUGAUCAAGUACUGAUAAGGAGAUGGCAAUUGGAUGGUUUACCAAGGGACCUUCUAUCCGUUGAAAAUGCUGUCAUAGUAAUGCACUCCGAACGAUGGCCACUGUUUAUCGAUCCGCAAGGACAGGCCAAUAAAUGGAUUCGUAAUACGUACAAAGAAGUUGGUUUAUCAAUAACAAAGAUGACAAGCAAAGAUAUGCUACGAAUAUUGGAAAGUAGUAUUCGUUUUGGUAAAGCAUGCUUGAUUGAGAACGUAGGUAUCGAAUUCGAAUCCGUUUUAGAUCCUAUACUUAUGAGAUCAUAUUUCAAACAUGCUGGACAAACAAGCAUUAAAGUUGGUGAUAACGUAGUACCAUAUAAUCCAGAAUUUCGUUUGUUUUUAACAAGUAAAUUAGCUAAUCCCCAUUACACCCCGGAAAUAUCUAUAAAGGUGUUACUCGUUAAUUUUGCAUUGACCUCCAGUGGUUUAUUGGAUCAAAUGAUGAGUUUAGUUACAAUACAAGAAAGACCGGAUUUAGAACAAAUUCGUAAUUCUUUGAUUGUAUCAAAUGCCGAGAUGAAGAAAGAUUUGAAAGAACUGGAAGAUAGAAUUUUAUACAGGUUGACAUCAUCAGAAGGUUCUGCAGUAGAUGAUCUUGAUUUAAUAUUGACCUUGGAUGCUUCCAAAGCUAAAAGCGAAGAAAUCAAGAUAAAAGUACAAGCAGCGGAGGAAACACAAUCGGAUAUCGAUUCUACGAGGUCAUUGUAUAUUCCCGUAGCAGACAGAGCACAAAUAUUAUUUUUUUGUCUUUAUGAUUUACAAUACAUAGAUACCAUGUAUCAAUAUUCCUUGGAAUGGUUUAUCUCUAUUUUCAACAACAGUAUAAUUGCUAUCGAGAAAAGUGGUGACAUAGAUAAACGUAUCGUUGAUAUUCAAAAGCGUUUCACCUUCGACUUGUUUUGCAACGUUUGUCGUAGUUUAUUUGAAAAACACAAAUUGCAUUUUGCUUUUCUUGUUUGCGCACGUAUACGAAUUAACGAUAAGCUCAUAGAUGUUGAUGAAUGGAGACAUUUGUUAUCUGGAAUAAUUGUUGCUAAUGAUUUACCAAAUCCAGAUCCCACUUGGAUAUCUAAGAGAUGUUGGAAAGAAAUUCAAGCUUUAGAAAUGUUACCAAAGUUUCAUGAAUUUGUCAUAGAUUUUAAACGUUCCUUGAUACAAUUUAAAUACAUAUUUGAUGCACAAGAGGAUGCACAUUUGAUCGCAUUUCCUGAACCAUGGCAAAGUAAAUUGGACGAUUUUGAAAAAAUGUUGGUACUGAAGUGUCUACGUCCUGAUAAAAUGAUCAACGCAAUACAAAUGUAUUUGAAGAAAUAUUUGGGAGAAGAAUUUGUCGAACCACAAACAACGGAAAUUAGUGCACUUUACAAAGAAUCAAGUCAAACAACGCCAUUGGUAUUUGUAUUGUCUACCGGAACUGAUCCGGCAGCUGAGUUGUAUGUAUUUGCUGAAAAACAAAAAAUGAGUAGAAAAUUAUAUUCCAUAUCACUUGGACAAGGUCAAGGUCCUAGAGCUGAGGCAAUGUUAAAACAAUCAGCUGAAAUUGGCAAUUGGAUCUUUUUUCAGAAUUGUCAUUUAGCACCAAGUUGGAUGCCACAUUUGGAAACAUUGGUUGAAACGUUGACGCAAGAAACCCAUAGUGAUUUUCGUUUAUGGUUGACUUCAGCACCUUCCCCAGAUUUUCCUGUUAGCAUUUUACAGAAUGGUCAUAAAAUGACCAUAGAACCACCAAGAGGUGUAAAGGCUAAUAUGUUUCGAGCAUAUUUAACACAGGUCGCAGAAAUGAAGAAUUUUCUUGAAUCGGAUGAUCCAAAAGUAGAACCAUUUAAAUAUCUUGUCUUUUCAUUAUGUUUGUUUCAUUCGAUUUUAUUGGAAAGAAGAAAAUUUGGUUCUUUGGGAUUCAACAUACCUUAUGAAUUUACAAGCGGAGAUUUGGCUAUUUGUUUAUCACAAUUGCAUAUGUUUAUUAUGGAAUAUACAGUUAUACCAUUUAAGGUACUUAUCUAUACAGCUGGACACAUUAAUUAUGGCGGACGUAUAACUGACAACUGGGAUCGUAGAUGUGUUUUAACGAUACUGGAAGAUUAUUACAAUGUUGAUGUUGUUUCAAGUGAUUUUCGUUUUGACGAUGAAGGAAUAUAUUAUCAAUUACCAGCAACUAGUACAUUCAAUGAUUACAUAGAAUACAUCAAAACACUUCCACUUAAUGACGACCCUUCACUUUUUGGGAUGCAUCCUAACGCAGAUAUAAGUUUUGCACAAGCUGAAACUUACAUGUGUCUGGAAACGAUACUUAAUUUACAACCAAGAGAGCUUAGUAGUGCAGUUGUUAGUGUUGAGGAUAUUACGAUACGUCAAGCCCAAGAAAUGUUAAUUACCUUACCAGAAUCUUUCAAUUUAAUUGCUAUACAGAUAAGGUAUCCCGUUUUAUACGAAGAAUCAUUUAACACUGUAUUGGUACAGGAAGCUAAACGAUACAAUACAUUAUUAAACAUAAUUAAAUUAUCGUUAGAUGAUUUAUUAAAAGCAUUGAAAGGAUUAGUUGUAAUGUCCGAACGUUUGGAAACAAUGGCUAGAAAUAUUUCUAAUAAUAAAAUACCAAUUAUUUGGCAAGAAAAAGGUUAUCCUUCGUUAAAACCACUUGGUGCUUGGUUUGUUGAUUUGAAAGAACGCAUUAAAUUUAUUACAAAAUGGUACGCCAAUGGUAUACCACCAGCAUUUUGGAUUUCAGGAUUUUAUUUUCCUCAAGCUUUUUUAACAGCCACUUUGCAAAAUUAUGCAAGAAAAUACGUGAUUUCUAUUGACACGAUUGAUUUUAGCUUUCAGGUAUUGGAUUCAAAACCAGAGGAAAAACCAGAGGAUGGUUGUGUAGUGUACGGUUUGUUUCUUGAGGGUUGUCGAUGGGGUGGAAAUUAUUUAGAAGAAUCACAUCCCAAAGAAUUAUACACCGAAAUGUCUCCUAUCCUUUUAUUACCCGAAUUGAAUCAUGAAAUAUUCGAAGAUACAAUUUAUAUUUGUCCAGUAUAUAAAACUAUAGCACGUGCUGGUACUUUAAGUACCACAGGUCAUUCGACCAAUUUUAUCCUAGCUAUGGAAAUUCCAAGUCAAAAAUCACAAGCUCAUUGGAUUAAACGUGGCGUUGCAAUGAUAUGUGCUCUUGAUUAUUAA